AGAAUAGUGUGUCGAUUCUUCAAGGUUCACGCGGGCAGCAGGGGAGAGACGUCGGUCGGAUGCUUGCUCUUAAUCUCUGCUCGAUUCGCGAGUCUCCUCCAACCAAUGCAGAAUAGGGACAGCUCUGGGGCUGUGCACUCCCAGGCUGGGGUUUUCCGCUGCCGAAAACUCGAGCUCCUCGGUUGUCGGUGCUCGUUACAACCACGCAUAGGACUUGCCUCAGCCGUAUCGAAGAGUCGCCCUCGUUCGCUGAACACGGCUGUUCACGCUUGGUUUUCCUCAGCCACCGAAAACUGGAGCUUCGAUCGCUGGAGCCGGGUCGUUCACCUCGCCGCUGCAAGGAUUGCGGCUCGUG